UCUUUAUGGCCAUACACCUGAUUUGUUAAGUGUGAAACUGACUUAGAGUCACACUGCAGCAACCCAGCAGAGCUAAAUUGCCAAUAAAAGGUCACAGAGAUUAGGUGGAAUUUAACUACAGAAACCAUGGAAAAAGACAUGAACAAGAAGCAGCAAGGAAUCCUUGCAGAAGAACAAGGAAUUAGGUACGUUGAUGAAGAUGAGAAGGUUGAGAAGUUCUUUGCAAUAAUUAGAAGGCUAAGAGAUGCUCGUAGUAACUUUUCAACAAAUUGCUUGAGAGAAAUGGAAGCCUGGAAGAGAAUGAAGAAGGCAAAAAAGGUGCAUGUACCCAUAUGGACUCCAACUUUUCAACUGGAAGAUUUUUCUGGGCUGGAUUUGGCUGAUGCAACUCAACCAAGUUCUUCAAAUAACAAGGGACAAGGACAGGAGAAGAAAGAAGAACUAGACCUCAAUCUUGUCUUGAGUUCAGAAAACAGAAGCCUUCCUAUGUGUGUCUCAAGUGAAUGAAAUUAUGCAUUCAGCAAUAAGAACUUGCGUUGCAGAUGCCAUGGAAAAUGGAAAUGCACAACCAAGCAUCACCGGGUAGAUUCAUAUGUGUAGAAAUUUGGAUUUACAAUCAGAUAAUUGAUGCAUACCUUUUGUACUUUUCCGCUAUAAAUCUCUUAAACAUUUGUCAAAAGAACUUCAUUUUCCCCCUUC